AUGGAGGAGGACAAGAUGGUUGCUUCGGGAAAGGUUCUUGUCCUCGCGAUCAUCGCGGUCACGGUGAUGGAGGCUCACGGCUCCUGCUGGGACGACUGGAGCCGCUGCUCGGAUUGGAGUUCUGGCUUGACCGGAAUCGCUUGGCAGGAUUGCCCCACGCGCUGCAAGUGUAAGGGCUUUGCAGGAGGAAGCUGCGAGGAGAAGGACAGCACAUUGAGUCAUCUUGAACGGUUUGCAGUGGAUUCACUUCGACUCCUGGGCAAGUCGUGCAAUGAGAUCAAAGAACAGUUUCGAAUAAGAUUCAUCAAACCUGGACCAACAGACAAAGAUAUUCGCGGGGAUGUCACAGAAUUCCCAUUUGAUAUCUGGGUCCUCGACGAAGCACCAAGGUCCUUCCUUCUGGGUGGGGUUCCGGCAGUAAUUCAUUUGCGACCAGGAGUCAAAACCAAGGAAAUUAAGUUCACACUCCAUGGUUUUCUUCUUCAUCAUUUCUGGUACCCAGAAGAAUGGAAUUCCUUUUUCCCGCAACGGAUUUACACUCAAAUCGGUGACAAAAUCAUCUGGGAUUCCGUACGUCAUACUCUGCUGGCAAACAGUACGACGUACGAAUGCAGGCUGUACCAUCCACGAAGGUCGUAUGCCAUGUGGUACAGGGAGACUGACAACGUGUCUGGUGCAUCCAAGACCCGUCUGAGAAGAGUCGGGAACGUCCCACAGAGCAACGACACUCAGUCGAGGCGGAGCGGCGCUUCCGCGGAGUGCAUCCCAGAACGGCCCGCCCGACGAAGCGGAGCGAGAAUUCAGGACCCGUGCCCGAGAUCCUUGAGGAGGAUCUUGGCCGCGAUCGCCAGGAACAUCCCCGCCAAGACCGUGAAGAUGGUGCGAUACCUGACGGCCCCACCGAACACGUUGAGGAGGGGCGGGCUCUGCACCAGGUGGAAGAGGAGGGCCAUGCGCUGCGCGCUCGGACGGAUCGCCUGGAACCGAACAGAGGUCCUUUCUUAUUUCUCGGGGCGAGACGAGGGAAUAUGA